GGUUGCAAGAUUGUCUUAGUGUUUUUAUGUUGGUAAGAAGCAUACUUAAAGUCUGUGAACUAAUAAUUAAUAACAUAAUUAAAUAUCCGUCUUAAGUAAAGGAGUUCCUGUAAAUCACACUGAUAACCUAUGUUGGAGUGGAUGAGCUAUAUAUGGGAUUUCCCUUACCCCGCCCACCUCAGCCUUUCAGUUUGGACAGCCUUACCUGCAAGAAGCCGACGGCACUCACACAGGUAAGGCGAAGGGGAAACUACUGUGAUUUUAAAGACUCGGGUCAGGUGCUACUGCACGCUCCAGCGUCGCAGUCAUGGCUGAUUCCCAGCUGGAGUGCAUGGACGACGGUCAUAUCAACGAAAAGAUCCCGGAGUCCAGGCCGGAGUUUAUGUACAGUGAAGAACAGCGUGUUGCUUUAGAACUGCUUCUAAAAGAAGGCGAUGGCGCCUUCAAAACGCAACUGAAAACAGACAAUACAAAAGAUUUUUUAUCUGCCCGGGAGAUAAAGUGGAUCAGGGACACAGUGAAAGAAUAUCAAACGAACGAAGAGGAUGACUCGACUUCUUCAGCAACGACUGAAAGUAAGAAGAUCGAGGGUUCCACUUCCAGUCUACAUUCAACAUACUGGCCCCAACUUUCGGACACGGAGGUACCGCCGCUGGAUCUCGGCUGGCCGUCAGGAGGAUUUUUUAAAGGGGUCACGCGGGUGGCAGUUCACACGUCCCCACCAAAACAAAAUGCACCGCACAUCAAGGAGGUGGUGCGCAGAUUGAUUCAAGAAGCAAACAAGGUGUUGGCUAUAGUGAUGGACCUCCUCACAGACCUCCACAUCCUGCAGGACCUCCUGGACGCGGCGGCCAAGCGCGGCGUGGCAGUGUACAUCAUCCUAGACAUCCGCGGGGCGCCCCACUUCCUGGACAUGUGCAACAGGCUACAGGUCGGCUCUCAGCACCUGAGGCACAUCCGGGUGAGGACGGUGAGUGGCACAGGCUUCCAGCUCUCCUUCGGGACCAUCCCUGGAACUCUGGGCAGCAAAUACAUGCUGGUGGAUGGAGACAAGGUCAUGUUUGGCUCCUACAGUUUCUCGUGGAGCUCCUUCCGCAUGGACCGCAACAUGAUGACCAUCCUCUCGGGCCAGGUGGUGGACUUCUUCGACAACGACUUCCGCGAGCUCUACGCCGUCUCCGAGAAGCUGGACCUCUACAAAGAGUUCCACAUCAGCCGGCCGGCCGUGCCGACCGCGCCGGUCCGCGUCGCCAGCGUGGAGUCGAAACGGCCGCCCCUCCCCGCCACCACCUCCCGCUUCCAGGUCAGCCUGGGGGACUCCAAGGGUGCCGGGGGUGACCUGAAGGUGCCUGCGCAUAAAUACUACAACCCCAAGUACCAACUGGCAUUCGGGAGUCCCCCGGGACUCCCAACCUCUCUUCAGGACGUGCACACCGAGCGGGGGCCGUCGACCGCGGGGUUGGGAGGGCCGACCCUCACCCCAGAGCAGACUCAGUCCCGGGCCAGCAGCGAGCGUCUGGACAAGCUCGCCCCACUGCCCGCCCAGACAGGGGGCGCCAAGAAGAGUCGGACGUCACUGAGGAACUUUUUUAGGAGCAAGCAGAACAGCCAGAAAGUCCAGAACAAGGACGAGGCCGUGGUCACUACUCCGAGCUCCUCCCCUACGAGUAAAACGGCCAAUGGGACGGCCGAUAGCAGCUUUGAGGACCUGCCAGAGCCCGUGGCACCGAAGGGGAAGAACAGGAGGCUGUCAAAACUGGGCCUGAAGAGCCAGUCCUUAAUGACGCUAAACACGGGAGAGGAAAAUGGGUCCAAAAGCAGGAAAAAAAGCCAGAAAUGUAUACAGUCUUAGAAGACAACUUUAAAGGACCUUUAACACCAUUUGGAUGAAAGCACUUUUUUUUACCUUGUAAACAAUUUUUUGUACAAUCUGGGUCUAUUUACCCAAAUCUGGAGACAUUACAGACAAACGGAUUGCUGUGGAUUGCAUGGACGGAGGAUCGCCUGGGCGAAACAGAGACUUCUCUCACUUCUCUAAACAUGUGGGCUCACAAAAGAAUUGAGGGGAAAACAAUGUAACCUCUGUAAGAUAUGCCAAAAGGUCAAAUUUUUUGUGUAUCACUCCAAAAACAUUAUCAGAUUGUUUUUCAUCCUGAACAUGGAACUGGUUGUUGAUUUGAAUGUUGAUUCACUGUGAUUAACUGUGGACUGUGGUUCACCAGGUUGUGUGUAUCUUAUCUCAGCAGCCUGUGCUGCAGCCUUAGGCCGUUGGCUUCUUUUUUGAACUUGAAAUGUUUGAAGUCAGUUGACCUCAGGAUUGCCUUGGUGACAACUCGCAUGUGAACAUUACCAUGGGAACACUGACCCCUAGUGGAUGGUAAAGAGAACAACAGGAAAAGCAUAGAUGGAGUCACUUGCAACUAAGUGUCUAUAUGCAGCUUUCUCUUACACAUAUGCUCUCUCCC